AAGUUUCCACUUGCAGUCAAUGUUUUACUGUGGUAACAGGGGUUUGUACUUUUUCACUGCCAUUGAGACAGUUUUAGUUCAGUCAGUAUCAGUGCCCUCCCACUGAGAACAGGCUGCCAACAAGACACUUCUCUUACUGUGAAAAUGAAAGUAACCUCGUCAGUUUGAGCGGGAGAAAAUGGAUCAUCAGGAGCUGUUUGACUGCCCGAUCUGUUUACAGUUACUUGAGGAUCCAGUGACAACCGCCUGUGGCCACAGUUUCUGUGUAAAAUGUAUCAAUACUUUUUGGCAUACAAAUAACAGACGAGGAACCUACAGCUGCCCUCAGUGCAGACAGGCGUUUCGCCCCAGGCCUGUUCUGAAGAAGAACACACUGCUGGUUGUACUGUUGGAGGAGCACAAGAAGACAACCAGUGCUGCUGCUGGGGACACCUUUGCUUCACCUGGUGAUGUGCAGUGUGAUGCUUGUUCAGGGAGAAAACGAAAGGCUAGCAUGCACUGUCUUGUGUGCUUGGCAUCUUACUGUAAGACUCAUCUGCAGCCUCACUUUGAAGUGCCACCACUAAAAAAGCACAGGCUGAUUCAAGCCUCUAAAGGGAUCAAAGAAAGCAUCUGUGACCGUCAUGGCAAACUUCUGGAGAUCUACUGCUGCACUGAUCAGCAGUGCAUAUGCCUCCUGUGUUUAACUAAUGAUCACAAAGGCCAUGACACUGUGGCAUAUGAAGCAAUGCAGAGACAACUGGAGAGGUCUAAACAGGAAACUGCUGACAGAGUGGUGGAUUCAGAGAAGAAAAUGGCAGAGUUGAGGCGGGCUGCAGACGACACAAGAAAUGCUGCAUUCAAGGUGUGCAAUGACUUUGAGCGACUGUGUGAGGAACGCAUCCGUCUAUACAUCCGCUCUGUGGAGAGGAAGUGCUCUGAGAUGAGGGAGAGGGUUGGAGAAACAGAGAAAUCUGGAGUGGAUUGGACCAGCAGUUGCCUUGGACAACUGAGGCGACACGUGUCAGAGCUGAAGGGGAGAGAGGAUAAACUCAACCAGCUCUCACUCACAGAGGAUCCCGCAAAGUUUCUUGAGGGUUUCCAGGCCCUGGGUGACCUCCCUGUGUUCACAGACUCGCAUGAAAGCCAUGACAUGCUGUCAAAUUUUGUCACUGCACAGAAAAAUAAACUGAAAGAUAUGUGCGACCAAAUGAAAAAUGAAUUGUUUAGUCAUUGUGAGGAAAACUUGGUGUCAAAUGAGCCCAGGCACCGUGCGGACACACCAUCAAGAAGAUAUCUUUUGAGCUCCUAUUCCAAAGUUGAGGUGGAUCCCAACACAGUUGCAGCAUGUCUCUGCCUGUCUGAUGGAAACAGAGAGAUAUCAUGGAGCGGCAAUGACCAGGCUCAUCCUGAUCACACUGAUCGAUUCACCUACUAUCACCAGGCUCUGGGCAAAGUCGGCCUGACUGGCAGACACUACUGGGAGGUGGAAUGGGAUGUUGGCCUCGUUGAGGUGGCUGUUGCAUACAAAAACAUUCAAAGAAAGGGUUCAGGGAAAGAUUGCUCUUUUGGCCACAAUAAUCACUCCUGGAAAUUAGUCUGCUUUCCAUCUGGCUGUACGUUUUGGCACAAUAAUCUUCACAUUGGCCAAAUUCCUCCGGCUCGCUCCCGGAAAGUAGGAGUGCACCUUGAUUAUAAAGAAGGAAUCCUGUGCUUCUACAGCAUUUCUGGUCUUGGGGACUUGACACUGCUGCACAAGAUCAAAAGCACAUUCACUAAACCUCUCUAUCCUGGGUUUUGUGUUGAUUUAGGUUCAACGCUGAAAAUAUGCCGCAUCUAAACCAGUACACUGUCAUACAUGUGAGCUGCAGGACUGGGUACAUGUUUAUGAUAAAGAAAAAGAAGAGUAUGGAUGAUUUGCAUCCAUACACAAAGUUUUGCACAUGCAUGUUUGAGUAAAGUGAAAUUCAUGUACUCAUAGAGUUAAUAAUUCACAAGCAACAAAUAUGGGUCAUUUCAGUGAAGGUCACAUUUUUACUGAUUGAGAAAUUGUAUAAUGAAUCAAAAAGUGAAGCCAUGUGGAAUUUCUUGCUUUAUAUUGUUUUUUUUCUCAGUAUCAAAAGACAAUGUUCAAUUGUUGUUUUUUCUUUUUUUCAGCUCAUCAUAAAUGUGUAAUUUCCAUAUAGCAAGAUUUACUUUGCAGAAUCACUUUUCUUUAGCUUGAUACAUAGACUCAGAUUAAAAAAACAAACAAGCAAUGUUAAUAUGUCUUUAUUGUGUAUUUUAUUCUUAUGUGGUGUUAUUUACAUUUCUAAACAUUAAAACAUUUAUUAAAUGUACACAUUUUGCUCUAAUUAAUCAAGUCACUAUAUACUUAGCCUAUGUUGACACAAAUAAAAUGAUAUUUCUGUCAAAGUUGUGGUUAUAUAAACAAAAUGUUUGAUAUGU